CUCUUAUACUCCUCUUCUUGUGUAUAAGAGACAGAGUAAUAUGUGGUUGAUGGAGAUGUUGAAAGUGUAUCAAGAUGCGCUCGAUUUAAUGAAAAAGGUUAUACGUGAGUUUCCAGAUCUUGCUGGGGGCAAAUCAGCUGAUACGAGUGAACUGUGGAAUCUUUCGUAAACUUUAUCCAUUGGUUAGGUUAGGACUUAGGAGGCUGCUAAAAGAAGCGCUUGUUUUUUGGAACUUAUGCCAGCUAUGAAUCUGCUCUACAGCCAAUGUGGUGUCAGUUUCACGGAAUAGACUAAAGCCCUUGAGGGAGAUCUCAGGUUGGGGUUGUGUCCCACGGCAAUAUUGAAAACUUGAUCUUGAAUUUUGGAUUUUGAUCGGGGUUGAUCUUCUCGACGUUGUUCACAUGCUAAUCAGAAUGUUCUAUAGUGCUGGAAGAACACAGCAUUUGUGGGAUACCAUUUCUAUAUGUUUCUGUUUCCACUUUCUAGAACAUGGUUUUAAGGCUGUAAUGUGGAACCUAAAGUAUCACCUGGAUUAAAUAUGAAUAUAUUUU